AUGCCUCCAACUGAACACGGCCGCACUUACUACGAUAUCCUGGGCGUCGAAAAAACCGCAGACGCCACCACUAUCAAAGCGGCAUAUAGAGCUUUAGCGCUCACGAACCACCCCGAUCGGAACAAGAGCCCCAAUGCGACCGCCGAGUUCCAGCUAAUCUCCGAAGCAUACGAGACCCUAAUCGACAGGCAUAAGCGCCAGCACUACGAUUAUGAUCUGAGCAAUAGCGCGAGCACCACCACCACCAAGGAUACCAAAAACAAUACCGGGGCUCACAGCGGCCAUGCGCAUUCCGCGCAAGAAAACACCUCCCACUCAUACCGGGCCCCACCGCCGCGCCCAAAGCCAAAACCGCAAAGACGAACACCGCCAACAACCGAAGCCGAGAAAGACGAGCUUCUCGCAACUCUAACAGCAGAGCAAGAGACCCUCCGCAAGCGCCGCACCGAAGCCCAAACAGAGCGCGACGCCGCGGAGCAACGGAUCGAGAAACUGGACUCGGAGCUCCGACAUUUAUUCACGGAUAUAUUUCACGUCGUUGGGAACCUCGAAGCUGAUGAGACGAGGGUCGCGAAAUUCGCGGCGAAGUAUCUACUAGGCAAAAAAGGAAGAGAGGAGCUUAGGGUUCAGCGGGAGGAGUGGGAGGCGCAGCUGGGUGAGCUGGUUAAGUUGCGGCGGAGGAAGGAGAGAGAGAGUCACGAUGCGUGGCUGAGGUCUUGGGAUCUGGGCAGGGAAGUUGAGGGGCUUGGAGACGAGUUGGAUGAUGCUAGAAGGGAGAUUGAGGGGGUUGAGCGUGAGUGGGCGGAGAAGGUGAGGAAGGAGGGGUGGAGGGCCGUUUGGAGGGGGGUUGGGAAGGGGAAGGGGAAGGGGAAGGGGGAGGAGAAGGGGAAGGAGAAGGAGAAGGAGAAGGAGAAGGAGAAAGAGAAGGAGAAGGAGAAGAAUUCGGGUUAA